UUAAGGUAAUGUAUAUAUAUAUAGAUUACUAUGAUAAUGAUUGUCUAAUUAAAGAUUAGUGUAAAAGUACUACAACAAUUAAUUAGUAACAAGAUAUAUUUAUAUAAUAUACAAAGUGUAAUUAAGAUCAAAUUGUACAUUCAAUAUUGAUCACCUGAGAUAUUCUUACACAUUUUUUCCGGAACAUUGAACCCUCAUAUUACCCAUAUCCAUACAUACAUAUACAUACACACAUACAUACAUACAUACACAAACACAUACACAUAGACAGACAUACAUAAGUUAAUUAUUCUUCAUCAUUAAAAAAAUAAAAGAAAAUGGGAUGUGGUGCAAGUGGAUUGAAAGAUUGUAAAUCAGAAGUAGCCGAAUCGACGAAUGAUAAUCCUGCUGAUAAUACAGAAAUAGAAACUGAAGAACACAAAGAAACAAACACUAAUCAUAUAGUUCCUGUAUUAUCAAGUGAACAAUUGGAUCUUCCAUCAAAUAAUAAUCAAAAUGAUGAACCCAAAGAAGAAAUUCCAUACAAUCAAGAAAUGCCAGACGUUUCAGCGAUUACUGAACAACAACCAGAUUUAGAUUUAAAAAAUGACGUAAAUCAAUCUGAAGAAUGUAAUAAAACUGAUGACAAUGUAACAGAAAAUUAAUCAUCUUUAAUUUGUAUUUAUUAUUAUACAAAUGAACAUUUAUUCCUGGAUCUAAACAAAAUCAACAUGUUCUUUUAAGUAAUUAAUAUGGCUUUCAGUGAUUAUAUUGUCUUCGUCGUCAUCAUCAUCAUCAUCAUCAUCAUUAUCAUCAUCCUUAUUAACAAUGAAU